AAAGAUUAGAUCUAUUCGCGAGCGAACGGGGCACGAGAAAGAGAGAGAAAGGGAGGGGACAAUCAUAACCUCCGGUAUCACGCACCUUUUUCGCCACCUCGAUCGAGUUGGUUCCCACUUCCGCCUUCGAUCUGCCCGCAGAUCCUCCUCCUCUUCUUCUCAAUCUCAGGUUUCUUUCUUCAGCAUAUGGUGCCUAUCUAGUUUGGAAUUGGCUCGACAUUGUGCUUCGAAGAAGGCGUCUUUAUAUUGGCCCAGUUUACUGAACGGGUUUCUACAUAAGGAUAUUGUGUGAUGGCAAGUUCUGCAAAAAAUCUGGAUCCUGCAUUUCAGGGAGCUGGACAGAGAGUAGGGCUGGAGAUUUGGCGGAUUGAAAACUUUCAACCAGUGCCUUUAGCAAAGUCAGAUUAUGGUAAAUUCUACUCAGGAGACUCGUAUAUUGUUUUGCAGACAACUUCAGGCAAAGGUGGUGCCUACUUAUAUGACAUUCACUUCUGGAUUGGAAAAGAUUCAAGUCAAGAUGAAGGUGGAACUGCAGCAAUCAAGACAGUUGAACUUGAUGCCGUUCUUGGAGGCCGUGCAGUCCAGCACAGGGAAGUUCAAGGCCAUGAAUCUGACAAAUUUCUUUCAUACUUCAAGCCAUGUAUUAUUCCUUUGGAGGGGGGCUUUGCUUCCGGAUUCAAAAAGCUGGAGGAGGAGAAGUUUGAACCACGAUUAUAUGUUUGUAAAGGGAAGCGAGUUGUUAGAAUGAAGCAGGUUCCAUUUGCUCGCUCAUCACUCAAUCAUGAUGAUGUGUUUAUUUUAGACACUGAAAAGAAAAUAUACCAAUUCAAUGGUGCUAACUCCAAUAUCCAAGAAAGAGCUAAAGCAUUAGAAGUAAUACAGUAUUUAAAGGAGAAGUACCAUGAGGGAACAUGUGAUGUUGCAAUCAUUGAGGAUGGAAAACUCGUAGCGGAGUCAGAUUCAGGUGAGUUCUGGGUUCUUUUCGGCGGCUUUGCGCCAAUUGGCAAGAAAGCUAUUGGGGAAGAUGAUGUUGUUAUGGAAACAACUCCUGCGAAACUUUAUAGUAUUAAUGAUGGUCAACUGAACUUGGAAGAAAACACCCUUUCUAAAGCUCUUUUGGAGAACAACAAGUGCUAUUUACUGGAUUGUGGAGCUGAGGUUUUUGUGUGGGUAGGCCGUGUAACACAAGUGGAGGAUAGAAAAGCUGCUAGCAAAGCUGCUGAGGAGUUUAUUGCUAAUCAAAAUAGACCAAAGUCAACACGAAUAACUCAAGUGAUUCAAGGUUAUGAAACUCACUCCUUCAAGUCAAAAUUUGAAUCAUGGCCAAUGGGUACUACACCAGGAAACUCUGGUGGAGAAGAAGGCAGAGGAAAAGUAGCAGCUUUAUUAAAGCAGCAGGGUGUUGAUGUUAAGGGGACGGCAAAAGGCUCACCUGUAAAUGAGGAAGUUCCUCCUUUGCUUGAGGGCAAUGGAAAACUUGAGGUUUGGCGCAUUAAUGGCAGUGCGAAGACUCCACUUCCAAAGGAUGAGAUUGGUAAAUUUUAUAGUGGAGACUGUUACAUUGUUCUCUAUACAUAUCAUUCUGGUGAAAAGAAAGAAGAAUACUUCUUAACCUGUUGGAUGGGAAAAGAUAGCAUUCAGGAAGAUCAAGCGAUGGCUACUCGAUUGGCUAAUACAAUGUGGAAUUCCUUAAAAGGAAGACCUGUUCAGGGCCGCAUUUAUCAAGGGAAGGAGCCACCGCAGUUUAUUGCACUCUUCCAACCCAUGGUUGUGUUGAAGGGUGGAGUCAGCUCUGGAUACAAGAAGUCCAUUGCAGAAAAGAACUUGAAUGAUGAAACUUAUACUCCUGAUGGCAUUGCACUAAUUCAAGUAUCAGGCACAUCUGUCCACAACAAUAAAGCAAUUCAAGUUGAUGCGGUGGCCACAUCUUUAAAUUCCAACGAUUGUUUUGUAUUACAAUCUGGGAAUUCAUUAUUUACAUGGCAUGGUAGUUCAAGUACCUUUGAGCAGCAGCAGUGGGCUACAAAAGUUGCAGAAUUUUUAAAGCCAGGUGCUGCACUGAAGCAUGCCAAGGAGGGAACCGAGAGUUCUGCCUUUUGGUUUGCUCUUGGUGGAAAGCAAAGUUUUACCAGCAAGAAGGUCACACACGAUGUUGUCAGAGAUCCUCACUUGUAUACCUUCUCAUUUAAUAAUGGAAAGCUAGAGGUUAAUGAGGUUUUCAAUUUCUCUCAAGACGAUUUAUUGACAGAAGACAUGUUGAUACUGGACACACAUGCUGAGGUCUUCAUUUGGGUUGGUCAGUCAGUGGUCUCUAAGGACAAACAGAUAGCAUUUGAUAUUGGGCAGAGAUACAUAGAGCUUGCAGCAUCCUUAGAAGGGUUAUCCCCUGAUGUACCACUUUAUAAAGUCACAGAAGGGAAUGAGCCAUGUUUUUUCACGACAUACUUCUCCUGGGAUGGAACAAAGGCAGUGGUUCAAGGAAAUUCUUUCGAAAAGAGGCUCUCUCUUCUUUUUGGAACUAUUCUUCGUACGUCGGAGUCUAAUGACAAGUCAAAGAGCUCAGGGAAUGGCGGACCAACUCAAAGGGCGUCAGCAUUGGCUGCCCUUUCAUCUGCUUUCAAUCCAUCAUCCAAAGCAAAACUUGCAAAUACAAUACCAACUCGUCCAAGCCAAGGGUCUCAGAGAGCAGCUGCAGUUGCUGCAUUGUCAACUGUUUUAACUGCUGAGCAAAAGGGUUCUUCAGAAACUUCCAUUCCACGUUUUAGCAGAUCCUCUCAUUCACCUGAGAAGACUGUCACUGAAACUGCAAAGACCGGAGCUGCUAGCUCUGAAGGGGGAGAUCCCUUGGAGCUUUCUGCUGCAGAUAAGGAAGCUGUAGAGGGAGACAGAUCGUCUUCUGUGAGCAGUGGAGCAGAUUCUGAAGUAUCGCAGGAGCAAACAAUAGAUGAAAAUAUCGGGGAAACAACAUUCAAUUAUGAACAAUUGAAAGCCAAGUCAACCACUCCUGUCCGUGGAAUUGAUUAUAAGCGAAGAGAGGCAUACUUGUCUGAUACUGAGUUCCAGACGGUGUUUGGUAUGGCUAAGGAGGCGUUCUAUCGUCAGCCAAAGUGGAAGCAGGAUAUGCAGAAAAGAAAGGUGGAUCUCUUCUAAUACUACCUGUCUGUGCUGGUGCUUAUCCCACUGUUUAUUCUAUGAAUUUCUUGGUAUUCCGUUUGUAGAUUUCCUUUAUUGUUAUUUAUAGUCAUGAGAUGCAGUCGUGUCCUCCGGUUGGUUUCAUUUGCCGUUGGAUGACCUGAAUUCUACCUAUGGGUGAUGGUUUUGUGAGGAAGUAGGCAUUCUUUUUAUGUGUUAAUAAGAAAAUGUUUCUGCUGUUGAAGUGUCUAGUUUGCUCGGCUUGUUCUGAUAAGGAUUCAUAUUGUAUACAUUUUCGGUUGAAACGAUUUGGACUGUCUAGUUAAUGGUGGUACACAAUGCGAAACAAAAUUGCUGGGUGCUCAUAUUUUUAUUUUUUUCAUA